UACAAAACAUCAAAAAUCCCUGGCUACAUGAAAAUCUUACUACUAUGCAAAUUGAGCAAUUAUUUGAUAUCACUCCAGAAAUGCAAAUAUUAAUUGAUCAGAGACUUCACGAUUAUCUUUUUACUAUUUUAACCGAAGCAUCUAUUGAAAAAAGCGAAAAUACAAAUAUUAUUAAUGAUUUAAUAGCGAAUCAAAAAAUAAAAAUCGAUAAAAAAAAUG